UUGGGCGCUCGUGGGAUGCAUGUGGGGGGAGGGGGGGUGUUCCUACGCACGUCUGGGCGUCUGGCAGCGAACACGGCGUCCGGAUAUUUCAUUCUGCCACACCAGCAGGCCACAGCGGAUGACGGAUGUGUUCAGUUCCGGUGGCGCUACGAGAGAGGUAGGACGUGGUGCUACCAGACACUAUCGCCGACCUGGCCGCUGCCACCACCACCGCCAACACUAACACAUAAGAGUCCUGUCGCCAAGAUGAGCGGAAUUAACAAGUUUGACGACCUUCUCACGCACCUCGGCACUGGACCCUGGAACAUGCUCUACUUCCUCACCGCAUCCUACUGGCUUCUGCUGGUGCCUCCACAGUUCAUCAGUGGAGUGUACCUCGCGCCUGCCAUCAACUACACCUGCUUGCCUCCAGAAGGGAACGAGAGUGUAUUUGUGUCUGAAGACUCGUGCAGUUACACGAGAGUGACGGAGGCCGGGACGGAGGUGAAGGAGGCGUGCACCGAUUGGGACUUCGAUACCUCCGUCUUCAGCAGCACCCUCACCUCGGAGUUCUUCCUAGUGUGUGACAAGAGCAAGCUGCGGGCGACCUUCCAGAGUGUUUAUAUGCUGGGCACUUUCUUUUGUCCUCUGAUCGCCGGCUACCUCGCGGACAGAUAUGGACGCAAGGUGGUAGUGGUGGUGAUUCAGAUCCUACUCACACUCUUCUCAGUCAUCAUUAUUUUCUUUAACAACUUCAUCGUCAUCCUGGGAAUUCGUUUCCUCCUGGGCUGCUGCAACAUACUCACAUUUUUCAUCUACGCCCUGGAAGUGUGUGAGCCCAAGCACCGCGGCAUUGUGGGUAUCCUGAUCGGGUUGCCGUGGGCUCUGGGCACCAUGGCGUUUGGCGGCGUAGCCUACUUCAUCCGGGAGUGGCGGUGGCUGCAGCUCGCUGUUUCUCUUCCCAGUGUUCUGCUUUUUCCUUCUCUCUACUUCAUGGACGAGUCCCCGCGGUGGCUCAUCGUGCGGGGCCGCCACGACCAAGCAAUGCAGGUACUUCGCAAGGCGGCCCGCUGGAACCGUGUAACGCUGCAGCCAGAGGACGACCUCCGCGCCCUCAUGAAGGAGAUCCAGGAAGAGUCCGCGACGUGCUCGUCCACGCCUGCCAACACAGACAAGAAGACCAAGAAAUUCCGGUUCACCUUGCCUACCCUGCUCAGUACACGAGCCACACAAGUCAUCACUGCCGUGAUAUGCAUUGACUUUUUCGUUGUGAGUUUCGUGUUUGACGGCCUCAACUACAGUGGUGAUAUCUAUAACGCCGAUCCUUUCCUAUACAUUAUACUGAACGGUCUGGUGGAGGUUCCGAGCUAUUCCUUCACGGCGCUUAUUGUCCACCGUUGGGGCAGAAAAAUGCCCACUGUGGUAAGCUACGUGCUGAGCGGUGUCAUCAUCUUCGUGAUCGCCUUCAUCCCGCCAGACCUUUCUGAGCUGAUUUUGACGCUGGCCCUGGUUGGAAAAGUGUGCAUCAGUGGCGCCUUCCAGAUUAUCUGCUUGUAUUCCUCCGAGCUGUUCCCGACCGAGGUGCGGAUGCAAGGGAUGGGUGUCGCCAGUCUAUUUUCUCAGUUGGCGUCGACGGUUGUGCCGUUCAUCACUUCUGCCCUGGCUCCAGUGUUGCCAUGGCUGCUGUCACUCAUUUUCGGCAUAGCGGCGGCGACAGCGGGCUUGUUCACGGUGGUGCUGCGGGAAACGAAGGGCGUGCCGCUACCAGACACUGUCGCCGACCUGUCAGCCACCGCCACCAUCACUACUUCUACCACCACCAUCAUUACCUCCACGUCUGAAAAUCACGUCAAUAUAUGCCAAGAACCCAUGGUCAACAGCCACACCACAGACGGGUCGGAUGAGGAGACAUGCCAGAAGGAAGUGGACAGUUCAGUCCCGUGCCUUGCCUAGCCAAGAGACGUGAAGUACAACCAAAACUUAUCAAUGUGGAAAUAUUUCGUGGAGUUGCACAUGGAGAGACGGCUUUGGGCGAGUGUGGCUGACGGGAGUGGUGUAAUAUACUGCUUCAUGUAGGGCUUCAACAUGAUAGUUACGGCAUUUGAUAAGCGCCACGAUGAACUACGGGUAUUUAGUCAGAGAAAUGCGAGUAUAUAUUAAGCGAGAGACUUGCGAAAUUAUAAUCACACUAAGCAAUGGAUAUAGGUGAAAAUCAUAUAGGUUUACGAUGAAGAUGAUUGUAGUAAAGAUCUAUGGAAGUGUAGGAUGUUUAGAAAUAAGACUUAGUUAAUGCAAAGGUUGGCCUAAACUUCGGCACAGGAAAAAUUGAAAAAAAAAAAAAAAGAUACACGAAUGAUGGAAGGGAUGUUUUUGUUGACUUUGUAGGAUGGAAUAGUCUGAAAGCAUCGAACGCAUUUUAUAACAUAAGGAGGAUAAGAAAGGGAUACGAAAGAGCCUGGACGGUGAAGGAAAGAAUUAAAUUAACAUCAAACAUCAUUCUUACAAAGAAACUGAACAUGGCACGAAAUAUACCAAGCAAAGGAUAGCGUGAAGCAAAGUGGCACUAGAUGUAAACAAAAGAAGAGAAAAAUUACAAUGAAUGAUGAGUCCGGAUACUCGUAUUCGCUUAUGUCUCGAGAAAAUCCUGAAGGGUGUGGCGGACAUUGCUGACCGCACACAACACCAAGAAAUGUGAUGGUUCCUGCCAGCUGCUGAGGUGUAGAAGUGACAGUAAGUGGCUGGGUGCAGACUGCAGUUUAAUGUGCUGUUUGCAUUCCUUUCUGGUUCUGUUAAGAGUUUUCAUUUAUUUAUUUAUUAUUAUUUUUUUUUACCUUAACUCGGUUGGAACAUUUAUGCUAUUUACCUUUCUUUUUUAUUUCUAAUUCUUCUUGUAUGUGUGUGUGUGUGUGUGUGUUUAAAAACCUUUCGUAAGAUUUGCCACGUGGCGGAACACUUCGCCCGCCGCCCACAUUCCAUUCUUCGGUCCCCUGGGACCUGACGCCAGCCUCGGUCAACCACAUGGUGUGAGCACCCUUUGUCUUAGGACGUGAGGGCAAGCCUCACGCCCCUUGUCUCCGGACGCCAGCCCUGGCCGUGACCUGACCCGGCCAGCAACCACCCCUUACAUGAUCCCCAGUCAGUGUCCGCCUGGCCUCGGUGGCGGACACAUGACCGGCAGGCAGCUCACAUUUACUUUUGUAUAGUUUAUUUUAUCAAUAUAACGCAGUAGCAUUACCACUGUAUUUUCUUCUAGUGUUGUCCUAUUUUUUCUUGGCCUGUGAUUCCCUGUGCUGACGUCACAGCUAGUGUGAGUUUUGUUUGGCCACUGUUCUCUUUUCUGACGUCUCUGCUGUGUGAGUUUUGUGAUUCGCCAGUGCGUACUCACUUUUAUGAGGUCUUUGUUGUGAGCCUUGCGAUUGGCGAUAUGUCUUUGCAUCACCCCAUACGCUUUGUUCGCUGCGUGGACGCAGCGAGAUGGGUGGCCGAGCAAUAUGGCUCGCCCGCCGCCCGCAUUCCAUUCUCCGGUCCCCUGGGACUUGAUGCCAGCCUCGGUCAACCACGUGGUGUUCAUUUCAGUUCAGUUAGUAUUUUCGGGUAUUGCCUUUGCAACGGCACCCCUAAAAAAAUUUCUACUGUUGCUGCUGUUUCUGUCUUAUUAAACAUACUUUUUUUUUCUUUUUCCACAGUGAUGUUAUGAUAUUCUUAUAUUCUUGUUGUUUAUUAUUUUUAUCAAAGAGUAAGAUUUUUUUUCCAAUAUAUUUGUGUGAUAGGGUUGUUGGAGGGAGUCUUGUGGUGUUUCUGAUGUUUUGUAGUUUUGGGCAAUAUAGCAAAAAAUGUUCUAGGUUUUCUUCAUCGUAGUUGCACAGAGGACAGCUUGUUUCUUCAUUUCUAUGUUUACUACUCCAUCUCAACUCCAGAGUAUUUGUUCUAACCUUGAACAGCAAGUCAGAUUGUAAGGUGUUAUUUUAAACUGCUGUCUCCGUCUUGAUUUCAUAUUCAUACUUUCUGUAUAUAGCUAUACUGUGUUUGGUUUCUAAUUCUGCUUCCCAGCAUUCAGUGUCCCAAUCCUUGAUUUUGUUGCUUAUCUCUUCUUUUCUCAUUUUUCUUAUUCUAUUGACAUUUAAGAUAUAUAUAUGUCUUAACAGUUUUUGUCCAUGGAUUCGAAGUUUCCAUUAUAUCUUCAAAGAUUGUUUUUAGUAAUGUAUUGUUGCCUUGCAUAAUGUUUCUUAUAUAGUUGAGUUUGGUCUUCAUGUCUCUUGCUGUGUGAGAUGAUGCUCCUACUUCUCUUAUUGCACUGUUUGUGGUACAGACUGGGGCAUUCAUUACAUCUCUGUAUGCUCUGUUUUCUGCUUUUUGUAUCGUAACUAUUUCUUUCUUUGUAUAGUUUAUUACUUCUCCCCCAGACAUUAUUAGUGGUAGAACAACACUUUUCCAAGAUGUUGUUCCUAUGAGAACUUUAUUGCAGCUUCUUCUUGUGAUGGAUGGUAUCAUGUUUGCAUAUCUGUUUGCCUCUUGUAUAGCAUUUUUCUUAUUUUCAAGCAGAAAAACCCUCUUGUUCGUUAUUUUUGUUCCUAAAUACUUUAUUUGAUGAGUAACUUUUAUUUCUUCUAUGUUUUCCGUAGUACUAUUCGAGUUAAAAAUUAAUAUAUUGCUUUUUUCCUUAUUUAAUUGCAAUCCACAGUCCUCUGCGAUUUUUAUUAGUAACUUUAUAUUUUGUUUAGCCUCAUCUUCAUUAGUUACGAGAAGCAUUCCAUUGUCGGCGAAAAAUGCUGAGGCCAGGACACACACAUCACUCCUGAAUUUAGCACUGCAUUGGUUAAGUUUUUCGAUGAUAUAAUAACGUCACCAUAAGAAAUAUGACAGUUGACCCAUUGCAUUCUUGUGUUAUGCCAUUCGUUAUUUCAAUACUACACAUUUCUUUAUUAUUAAGGAAUAUUUUGGUGUUGUUCUCUGUAUAUACUUUGGUGAUGAGGUCAAUUAACUUUGGGUGUAUCUUAUAUUUUAGCAUUACUUUCAUUAACAUUUCUCUUUUACUAUCGAAUGCCUUUGCAAAGUCUACUGAUAUUGAUAUAAGUGAUUUCUUAUGUUCGUAACUCUUCUGUAUACAGCAAUUUAGUAUAAAUAGAUUGUCUGCUGCUCUUUUUAUUUUCAGUAUAUUCAUUUUGUUCUUCCAUUAAUUGAUCAUUUUCUUGUAGAUGUCUUUGCAUUAUAUUAUUUUUUUUUUAUGAUUGCCAUUAAUAAUUUAUAUGUGGUGUCUGUAAGGGCUAUUGGUCUCUGAUCUUUUAUUGUUGGUUUUGCCUUUUUCUCCAGUAAUGUAGUGUUUGAUGUUUUCCAUGUAUCCGGGAUUAUUCCAGUAUCAAUGACAUCAUUUAAUGCUUGUAGGAGUGUUUUACAUUUAUCAUUGUGUAUCAUAGCAAUAAGGAGUUCUGUCUUAAUUUCAUUGGGUCCUGCUGCUUUGUCUUUUUUAUUUGGUAUUCUAACUCAGUCAUUGCUGUUUUACAAUCUUUCAUUGGUUUUAUAUGAUCAGUAUUUAUCAUGAAUGAUGCAUCCAGGUGUUCUCUUAACUGAUGUGGUAUUAUUAAUUCAUUAUUAUCUAUAUUAGUUGAUUUAUUAUCGUAAUAGUUCUUGAGUGUAUUUUCAUAUUCUUGUUUUAUAUCAUUAUUAUUCCAUAUUUCAGGUAUAUUAUUUCUUUCCUUGUUCUAAAUUUUCUCCCAAAAUUCUUUAAUCUUCAUAGGAUACUUAUGUAUUUUCUCUUGUACUCCUUUUUCGCCAUAUAGUAUAAUCUCUUUUUUCUUCUCAUUACUUUUACUUCUUAACUUGUUUCUGUGCUGCCAAAUUUUUCUGUUGUUUUUUGUCUGCUUUUAUUUCUGAAGUUAUUUUUUCUUCAUGUUUUGUUAAUUCCCUUUUUAUUUUACUUUUUUGUUGUUGUUUGUAGUAUAGUUCCUUAUAUUUUCCUUUUUCUUCUAUAGUUCCUGAAUUUCGUAAUUUCCGGUUGAAUUCUUUUCUCUUUUUUAUUUCUGUUCUUAUUUCUUCAUUAAACCAAGUUGGUUCUAUUCUGCUAGCUUCCUCAUUUAGUUUUGCAUUCCCUAUUUUCCUUCUUAUGGUCCUUUUCAUUGUUUUAUCUGCUGCUUCUUUUAUUUUUAUUUCUAAGUUCCUUAUUCCUUUGUUGCUCCUUAUAUGUUAAAUCUGGUGCAAUAUACACUCCUUUAUAAUCAUCUUUAAUAGUAUUCCUUAAUUUCUUUACGUUCUUUAUUAUGUUCCAUUUCAUGUGGGACUCUGUUAGUUUGACUAGACCUGGUCUUGGUUUCCUUUCUUCAUUUUCUGUUGUUUGCUUCUUUCCUUACCUUGAUAUAUCCAUUAUCUCUACUUCCUCAAUCUAGUUAAUUUACAGACAGAUCCUUACAUUUUUUCAGGUCUUGCUGUGCUUGAUCUCUCUUAUUUAGGGUUUCAUCCUCUUCUAUGUUAAAAAUUACAAGGUCAUUUUUCCUUUUUUUUUUCCCUUUCCUCUCUUUCUUCCAUUAUCUUUAUGGUUUUCUUAAUUAUUCUCUCCCCCAUUUCAUUUUAUCUUUCCUCCCAUUUCUUAUCAGUAUUAUUAAUUCUAUGUUGAAAUUCCACUAUCUGGUUUUUUUUUUAGUUUCUUUAGUUGUUCCGUUAUCUCAGUAGUAUUAGUGCCUUAUCUUCCUCUGACUCUCCAACUAUCUUCAUUAGAUUACUUAUUUUUUUUUCAUUGCUUCAUCUUUUUUUCCCUCAUUAUUUUAAUGAGACAAAAGGGUGUGAGGGCAGGCCUCACACCCUUUGUCUCCGGACGCCAGGCCUGGCUGUGACCUGACCCGGCCAGCAACUACUACAUAUCCACUCAGUGUCCGCUCAGCCUUGCUGGUGGAUAUGCUGGUGAACAAACUAGUCCGUGUCCGCCUGGCCACGGUGGCAGACACAUGAACCGCAGGCAACUCACAUUAUUUACUUUUGUGUAGUUUAUUUUAUUAAUAUAAAGCAGCAGCAUUAC